UUUGCCUCAACUCUCAAACUCACAGGGCGGUGGAGCUGCUGGUGGUGGUGGUGGUGAAGUGGUGGCUCCUCUUAGCCCCUAAGCGAACGAACGAACAAACAAACGCACAACAAUGCUUUCUCUCUCAGCCCCUUUCUCUCUCCUCAUUUUUUCUCUCCUCUUCGCCGCCCUCGUUUUGGUGGAGGAAGUGGAUUCGAACCAGUCUCGCCGCCCCUUCCUCUCUCUUACCCAUUCCCCUCCUCCUCCCCCCCCUCGCCAAUACUAUUUCCAACAGCCGCCGAAAUUCGAACGGUCUCUCCCGUUCGUUUUGACGCUGGUUUUGGCUGCUUUUUUCUUCAUUGGCUUCUUCACCAUCUACGUCUGUCGCUGCAUCUUGGAUUGCCUCGGAGACCGCUCUUUGCGCCGACGCCGUGCGGAGGGCAACACUGCCCUGCAGCGCCCCCCUGGCGGGCCCCGCGGCCUGGACCCUGACACCAUCGCCAGCUUCCAGACCUUCCCUUACUCUGAAGUCGAGUCCCUGAAACGCGGGCUGGAGUGCGCCGUUUGCCUCAGCGAGUUCGCUGGAGAGGAGUUGUUGCGAUUGCUCCCCAUCUGUAACCAUGCAUUUCAUCCGGUUUGUAUUGAUCAGUGGCUGAGUUCUCACACGACGUGUCCUGUUUGCCGGGGUAAUCUUGUGCCGGAGGCAAUUGACAUUGAUACCGAAGAUGCCUUGGAGCCGGAGUCGGUUUCAUCACAGGGGUCACCUACACCCGUGGCGGCAGAGAAUAUGAUGUUGGUGAAGGAUUCUGAUGACAACGUUCAUAGGCGGUCGCAUUCAACGGGGCAUUCGAUGAGGAGGCCUGCGGUGGAAGAAGGGGUAUCCAGUGGGUUUUCCGGGGAGAGAGGGGACGACAGGUUCACCCUAAGGUUGCCACAGGGGGUAAGGGAGAGGAUAGCAAGGGUGCAUGAGAGGGGCGGGAGCUGUGUCACAUUUCGGGAGCUCCGCGUCUGCGAAAUCCGGCAUUGAGCCCAGUUUUUAGGCAAAAUGUGUGGCAUGUUUUACGUGAAUUCCGGUUUUCCGGCUCGAUUCAUCAUAAACUCCAGUUUCCGGCCAGUUUUUUUGGCUGGUUUCUGGCGAAGAGUUAAGGUAAAGAAGAGGGUGAGACGAGUGUAAGUUGCUUGUCCCCCAUGCAUGGUACGCUGUUGAUGCAUUUGGUUGGGCUCAUAGCUUCUCUAAUAUUGACAUUGCAAAAACAGUGUUCGUGUAGGAGAUGUUUAAAUUUGUACAUGAAUGGGCCAAUCUAAUAGUGAAAAGUCCCUAUAAUUGAUUGAUGCUAUAUACCUUUCACAUUUUUGGCCCAAAAUUUGUUAUGUCAUAAACAUUUAUCUAUAGUUAUUCAAGAAUUCAA